AUGAAUGAAGAACGCGAUGCUGUUGGUUCUCCGGACUCUCCAACAACCUCCAUGAAAGGGAAAUUAGAAACACAGGUCGGAGAGACAGCCACUCCCAAGCGAAAAAGAAAGCAGACCGUCAACGAUACCAACACUGGCAUGCCUUCGAAAACCCCAAACCAGUCGCAAGAAUCACCCCUGGACCGGGCAGGCGCGCGCCCAGUGAAGCGCACGAAGAUCGUCCCCUCGACUACAAACACGAAGGAGGCCCGCAGACCAGAAAAGAAUGGCAGUCGAGAAGCCAUUCCGUCUCCAGAAACCCCUGUGGUUGCCAACAUCUCCGAGAUGACGGAAGCUCAGCGCCAGUCGACUGGUAUGCAACCUCUAGCGGACGUAGCGCAUACGAACGAAACCGCGUCCAAGAAACCCAAGAAGUCCAAGGCGAAGACCACACAGCAGGACGAGGAAAGAGACUUGUCGGCCCCUCCUCAGAACCCUGCCGAGACUAAGCCGAUUCGGAUGGCGUCUGCGAACCCAUCACUGGCGGAUAGCUCAACGGACCAGAAGGAUUUGACGGACACAUCGGCCGUCCGGGGACCCAGAAAAGGAAAGACGGACAAAAUGAUCGGCUUCUUCGCUCCAUCCGAGGUCAGCGCGCUGGAGACCUUCAAACUUCAGUUUUGCAACCAGCAUGCUAUCUCCAGCGAAAAAUUUGAUAAGAUGGUACAGCAUGUGGACCGACGCAAAGACAGCGGCUGGCCCUGUGAUGACGGCAUCAUCAAGAAGCCGGAGUUUUGGCAACAGAUUUAUGAGGUAUUACCAAGCAGAGAUCGAAGGUCGGUCUACCGAUUCAUGAGGCGACAUUUCCAGGAUUCAUCUCAAAAGCCGCACCACUGGACACAUGAACAAGAUGACGAACUCAUCGACUUGGUAGGACAGUAUGGCCCUAGAUUCGCUCAUAUUGCCAAGAUACUUGGUCGAGUUGAGGAUGAUGUGGUUCAGAGAUGGAAGAAUCGGCUCGAGCACCGGAGCACCAUGAGAAGGGGUGCAUGGUCCGAAGAGGAAGUCCGCGGGCUGCUCGAUGCUCUUCAAGAGUCCUGGAACAAUCUGAAAAAGGACGGCCAAGAUGUGGGCCGAGACAUCUACGAAAUGGACGAGGGCUUAGUAUCCUGGGGCACAGUUAGUAACAAACUUCAGAACUGCCGGUCAAGACAACAGUGCGCGGAUAAAUGGCGCAAGAUCAGACGCAAGAUUAUGGGACAGCGUCGCACUGGAAAUCAGGACGCUAUCUACGACCCAGCAACGGAAGCAAAGCCACAAGGCAGAGCCAAGUCCAUCACGCUCGCGGAGCAGAUGGAAAUGGAGAGGAUGCUGAAGAGCUCCGAGUACGUUGAUUCCGAGGAUGGAGACGAAGAGGAUGUGGAACAGUCUCUAGGUACAGAGUCUCAGUCACCAAACAUCAAGGACGAGGGUGAAUCUGCUGAAAAGGAAUCUAUCAUCAUUCCCGCUCCAGAAAAACCGCCGGCUCCCUCAGUGAAGGCACUCAAUGAAACCUCUCAAUUUAAGGAGUCCCAGACCGAGAAUGACGUUGACUCUGAAUCCGACGCAUCAUCUGACUCGGCUGAUUCGGCCUCAGACGAUGCUUCCGAAGCCGAAAUCAAGUUAGGUUCUGAAUCUGGCUCGGACGCCGACUCCAGUGUCGAAAGCGACGCAAAAGUCGACGCCAGGAUGAGGGCACAAUCGUCAAAGAGGCAGGAGAAAGAUGUGAGAAAUAACAAAGCAUCCUCUGUAAAGUCGUCGUUAGAGCCUACGAAACCCAUGCCGAAACAGAAGCUUGUUGAGCGGUCGAAACCCAAAACAAGUGACGGUAAACAAUCCGGGAGUCAGGCUACAAAGAAAUCUGCUUCUGACUCAGUGGUCAAUGCUGAGACGAACACAACUCCACGGCCUAAAGCUUCAAAGCCAUCAAAGCCAACUAUCAAGGAAGAGGAACCACCGCAAGAGACGUUGUCCGAGUCUGAAUCAGAUUCCGAGUCCGCGUCCGAUACUUCCGAUUCAGAAGAUGAGUCUGUAUCCGGCCCCGAAGAACCUUCGGACAGGAAGCCCGCAAAAGUAACGCCAAAAGCACCAACGUCGAUGCAGAAAGCAAGCGUGAAGGGUCAGGUCUCUCAGAAGACUCAAAAAAAGGAUGAGCCCGAAGAGAGCUCCUCAACGUCAGAUGAGACGUCUUCCGGUGAUGAUAACACCGAUGACAGUGAAGCCGAUGAUGACAGCGACAGCGACAGUGACAAUAGCUCUAGCGCUAGCGCCGACAAGCCGGUGGAAUCGCCGAAGGCAGCCGCACUUAAGGGCACCAAACGUAAAGCUCAGCAACCCGCGGACAAGGCCGGAACAUCCGAGUCGAAACGUCCGAAAACAGGUCAGAAACCAAGCAAGAAGUUAUCUACGUCAUCCGCCUCCGCUACCUCCUCGUCAGAAGAUAGCGAAAGCGAGGAUGACGCCGACAGCGAUUCAGAAGCCGAUACCGAUGAGUCAAGCUCGGCAUCUGACAGUUCAGACUCCGCGUCUGAGCCUCAGCCCAAAUCCAAGUCCGACCCCAAGCAGCCUAGCGCUCAGCCAAAAGUAGACAAGGCUGUUAAUGGACAAAAACCGGAGCUCUCAAAGCCACGCACUCCAGUAUCAAAGGAGGGAGGCAAUGUCAAGAAUGGGCAAAGCGGAGCGAAGCAGAAGUCGAAGCAAGUCAAACCUUCCCUUCCUCAGGUCGGGAAAGAUGGAAAGAAGGAAAAGAGCAAACUGGGAUCAGCCCCCGUGUCAAAGGGGAAAAAUUCCAAGUGA